AUGGGAUUCGUGAUCCCGAUCGCAUUGGCCAAGCUGCUGUUCUACUCGGUCACCCUGUGGAACGCAUUCAAGGCCCUCAAGGUACCCAAGCACCGCCGGAAGAUCCCUCGGCCAGUCCUCAACCGGGAAACGAACGCAAGUGCAGUGCAGACAGCCCCCUCAUGCGACCCUCUCAGCGCGGCUCAAAAGACACGCAGGACGAGGAUAAAGGAGAUGACGAAAGUCUGUUUGGUUUGGGUCGUCUGGACGCACUCGAAACGAUUUCUAGAUUGGAUAGCCUGGGCCAUCCCGUGGUAUGAUGAAUUCAACUUCGCCUUUCUGGUCUGGUUAAUUAUCAUGGGGCCCUCGGCUGCCGACACAGUAUUCAGGCAUACGAUCCAACGAAUGGCGGCACCUUAUGAGCAAUCAUUCGAUUUAACACUUGGUACAACCCAUGAAGCCUUGCAACUCAUCAUGUACCUCAUAACCUGUGGACCAAAGACUCUUCACUUGAAGUGGGAGCGCUGGAAGGCUCGUCAGUUCAACAAAUCGCUGCUUUCAACCACCAACGCUACAGUCCCUCCGAGUAGAUUACCCGUUUUGAACCCAUAUUCGUCCCGUUUUCAACAUUUAAAACCCCAGCAGACACUGCCGUCCGACCGAGCUGUGUCGAACACGGUUUCAUCCACGUCUGCUAACUCAACAUACUUACUCGUACCGGAGAGGAAACCGAUCCUGAGUCGGAAGCUCUCUGCCGGAUACAAGCGGGCUGUAUCGAACAGCAGACCCCAGCCUUUCUUGGGAGACCCUGGAUUAUUCAGCACGCGAUCGGUUUCCACCAACCGGGCUGUAUAUCCCUUCAGAUCCGCACAGGGUUCGGGUCGAAGUGGCACGAGCUUCGCCACUUCAAUUGAAAACCAACCUUUGCGACUCUCGGCGAAGAUCAACAUGCAACAACCCAAAACCCAUUCACCUCAUCACCCAGACGUCAAACCGGUGCACGACCAAGAGGAUGAGAUCAAUUCAAUCAUCAUCCAUGAUGAUAGUCUGAUCUCUGCUCAUGAUCCCAGCCCGGCCCCGGCAGACUCAAUCUAUGGUCCUCCAGUCAAAGUAGGCCGUCAGAAACGCACCCGCAACACGAAUGACGAGCUCGAGGCACUCGCCCUUCGCAAAGCGAAGAAGGCCAUCCGUAUUUCCUCCACCAAACGACCUGAGAAAGCGAGUACUUCGAAAACCAAGAAAGCGCCUAUCCGAGGCCCUACUGUCACUUCAGCUUCCACCGCUCAGAUAACCCAGGAACCUAUCAAUCCCUCCGGUCCACCAGCCGCCAAAGAUACCUGUGACGCUGUUGAAGACAACGUGUCCUGGCAGCUCCCUCCAAAUGCCGCUCUCCCCAGACCAGACCCAACGCUCUCGCCCAGCAAAGCACCAGCUCCUACGGUUAAGCGACGGUUGCAUAAUCCAGAUGAACCCCUUCCACUCUCAAAGUCGCUGAAGAUCGCCCAUCAUGGAGCAAUCGAUCUCUCAGAUCUCUCGCAACCCCAGCACCAACACAUCCGAGAGCAAGCUCUGGAUAGUGUCCGCUCACUGACAUCUACCGACCGUCUUCCCUCUCUGAACCGAUCUACCGGACGACUAGCCUCUCGCUUUCCUCCCAGUUCUACCUCCACCAGCAAUCGAUCUGCUUCUACAACAACCACUAGUCCCCAUUCCAAGAAACCUUCCUCGAGCCCUUCCAAACCUAAACAUCUCGUCAGGAAACGCGAGAUCUCAGGCAAGGUUGGUCAACAGAAUGUCCGCAUGGUCGCCAAGAAAUUCGACCUUCUACACUCUUCCCCCCGUCCUUCUUCGUCUUCGAAACCCUAUAGCCAUCCUUCGCCCAAACCUGCUCGCAUCAGGUCUCGUUCCGAGCAGGAUUGUAGCCAUCUAGGGCCUGGCUCCAGUGGAAAGAGUCACGAAUCAGUCGAACCUCUUCCUUUACAGGAUGGUCAUAUUGUCGACCCUGUUUUUCAGAACGAAGCGGACACCUUUAUCCCCCCUCUCUCUCAGAAAACCAAUACUGUUGACUCCGACUUGCCUCAACAAUCCGGACUUGACCCGUCCGCCAUACCUACUGAAUCUCGACCAUUACCUACACCAUCCGGAUUAGGAAUUCACCCCUCAUGA